AUGGCUGGCGGUAAUCCCAAGCAUUUCAAUCUUCAAGAUGACCCUUUCGAGCUCUUCCUCCUCGGAGAGGGCGAGAAGAAGAUUGAGGAGAAGGUGUUCUCAGGAAUGUCCAAUACCUCGGACUUUGUUCUAAUGAAGGAAGAUCACACCCUGGGUAACCUUCUCGCGGAGCACCUUAAGGCGCAUCCAAAUGUCUAUAUGGCUGGAUACAAGAUUGCUCACCCUAAUGUUCCGGAGUUAUUCAUACGGGUACAGACAGAUGGGACCAUCACGCCCCGCGAUGUCUUCACUUCUGUAUGCGAGAAACUCAUCAACCAACUCGAGAUGCUGCAUCAAGAGUUCACACGCGAGUGGGAGUUGAGACGUAUCACCAACACUGGCGAGCAGGGCAAUAUGCAGAACGGCCACUAA